AUGUCCUCCCGCUUCGUCUCAGCCGGCUCAAUAGACGCCACCACGGGCGAAGCCACCACCGAACACGCCGGCCCAUCCGACUCCCAACAGCAGCAGCCACCACCCAAGAGCCUGUACGAGGUUCUCCAGGCGAACAAAGCGGCCAAGCAGGCCGAGUUUGAGGAGAAGAGCAAGCUGAAGAAUCAGUUUAGGGCUUUGGAUGAGGACGAGAUUGAUUUUCUGGAUGAGGUUGAGCGCCGGAGGAGGGGAGGACGAGGAAACGCCGACGACGGUGGGGGGGGAGGGGUUGAGGGCGUUUAG